CAUGCCAAAGUCUUUUCUUUGCGUAGGAAGGUUGAUUGGAGCAAAGUGAAAACUAACAACGACCCAAUAUUUUGUUGACUGAGCUUAGUUUUGGCCUUUGGGUGAUUUCGUGAAAGUUGAAACUAUAACGUUUAGCGAUAUGGUUUUGCUUUCAGAAAGCAUAAUUCGAGUAAUCUUGCUUCUCUGUUUGUUAGGAAUUAUAGCUCUAUUAAAUGGUUCGGGUGUUGAGGCUAGGAUUCGCUGGUAUAAAUGGGAAGUGAAGUACGAGUACAGGUCCCCUGACUGUGUAAAGAAACGGGUUAUAACCAUCAAUGGCCAAACUCCAGGUCCUACAAUCAGGGCGCAGCUAAAUGAUACUGUCAUUGUUGAGCUCACAAACAGUUUGUUAACGGAAAAUGUUGCAAUUCAUUGGCAUGGAAUUCGACAGAUUGGAACGCCCUGGUUUAAUGGAACUGAAGGAGUAACCCAGUUUCCAAUUUUGCCAGGAACCACUUUCAGGUAUCAGUUUGUUGUCGACAGACCGGGAACAUACUUGUAUCAUGCACAUUCUGGAAUGCAAAGAGAAGCUGGGCUAUAUGGAUCAAUCAACGUGGCACUUCCUGAUGGACAGUCUGAACCUUUUACCUGUGAUUAUGAUCGGAACAUCAUCCUCGACGAUUGGUACCAUAAAAGCACUUAUGAACAAGCUUUUGGCUUGUCUUCUAUUCCCUUCGAAUGGGUUGGAGAGCCUCAGUCACUUUUGAUCCAUGAAAGAGGAAAGUUCAACUGCUCUAGUUUAACUAUUCCAGCUUUAGACACUGCUAUAGAGCGCCAUUACACCUGGGAGGUGACUUACCAGUACAAGUCUCUUGAUUGCUACAAGAAACUAGCUAUUGCCAUUAAUGGGUCGACGCCAGGGCCAACUAUCUCUGCAGUGCAGGGAGAUACAAUCGUUGUCGACGUUAUCAAUAAUCUGCUGAUGGAAAAUGUCGCAAUCCAUUGGCAUGGAAUCCGGCAGCGUGGAACACCUUGGAGUGAUGGAACAGAUGGUGUUACUCAGUGUGCAAUCAUGCCAGGGGAGACCUAUAGAUAUACAUUUGUGGUUGACAGGGCGGGGACAUAUAUGUACCAUUCACAUUAUGGAAUGCAAAGAGAAGCUGGGUUAUAUGGAAUGAUUAAUGUUUCACUGCCAGUUGGGGACCCAAAGCCCUUCGACUAUGAUCUCGAUCGAGGGAUUAUUCUCAGCGAUUGGUACCAUAGAACAGCUUAUGAGCAAUCAACUAGCUUGUCUUCCAUACCUUAUGAAUGGAUUGGCGAGCCUCAGUCACUAUUGAUAAAUGGAAGAGGGAAUUUCAGUUGUUCUGGCUUAGCACCUAGUGUUUGUAAUUCGACAAAUCCUCAAUGCUCUCCAUUCACACUGACUGUAAUUUCUGGCAAAACGUAUCGACUAAGGCUUGCUAGCUUGACAUCUUUAUCAUCUCUCAGCUUUCAAAUUGAGGACCAUGAGAUGACAGUUGUUGAAGCAGAUGGGCAAUACGUCGAGCCUUUCGUCACUAAGAACUUGUUUAUUUACUCCGGAGAGACAUAUUCUGUCCUAGUAACAGCAAAUCAAGAUCCAUCCAGGAAUUACUGGAUCAGCAUAAAUGUAGUUGGUCGAAAACCUAAAACCCCAAAUGGCUUAGCCAUUUUCAAUUACAAUCCUGACCAUUUUCUUAUUCCCCCAACAAAUCCACCAUCAGGACCAAUUUGGAAUGACACACACUUGCGAAUCAAUCAAAGUUUGACCAUUAAGGCUCGCCAAGGAUUCAUUGUGAACCCUCCCAAAAAACCAGACAGAAUCAUUGUACUCCUCAACACACAAAACAAAAUAAAUGGUUACAUCCGUUGGUCCUUAAACAAUGUCUCACAUUCCUUUCCUACUACCCCUUACCUUAUUGCCUUGAAGGAAAACAUGACCGAUAUUUUUGAUCCAACCUCACCACCUGAAGAUUAUGACUCUGCAAAUUUUGACAUAUACAGUGUUGCAAACAACACAAAUGCUAAUUCUAGCACGUCCAUUUACAGGCUGCAAUUCAACUCAACAGUGGAUAUUAUAUUGCAAAAUGCAAAUACUAUGAGAGCAAAUGUUAGUGAGACACAUCCCUGGCAUCUACAUGGGCAUGAUUUUUGGGUCCUAGGCUAUGGGGAAGGGAAAUUCAACUUGUCCAGGGACACUGACAAGUACAAUUUGGUUGAUCCAAUUAUGAAGAAUACAGUACCUCUUCAUCCUUAUGGAUGGACUGCCUUGAGGUUUCAAGCAGAUAAUCCAGGUGUAUGGCUUUUUCAUUGCCACAUUGAAGCCCAUCUCUUCCUUGGGAUGUUAGUGGUUUUUGAAUCUGGAAUGGAACGGGUGGAAAAUAUACCUAAGGCCAAUUAUGGUUGUGGUAAAACCAAAGACUUGUUUAAGCCAUAGUUUGAUA